CCCUGCAACAAAGAAAAGAGGAAAAGCGUAUUUACCUGAAAGUACAUAGGGUUUUUCAAAUUCAAUUGGAGCUCAGCUGACCAGAGCCCUCACAAUUAGUCGACUAUCAAAUUCGUCUCAAUUUUUCAUCGUCAUGGCGCAGCCUGUUCGGUCGUUUCUGCAAGUGGCGGUUACGGAGGAAGUGGCGUCUCCGCUUCGUGUCGUGCAAAUUGAAGGAUUGGCUAUGCUAAAGAUUAUCAAGCACUGCAAGGAGUUUUCACCUUCCCUUGUGACAGGUCAACUCCUUGGGUUAGACGUUGGCAGUGUGCUUGAAGUAACUAACUGUUUUCCCUUCCCCAUCCGGGAGGAAGAUGAGGAGAUUGAAGCAGAAGGUGCUAACUAUCAACUUGAGAUGAUGAGAUGUUUGAGGGAGGUUAAUGUUGACAAUAACACUGUCGGAUGGUACCAGUCAACAUUACUAGGAUCCUAUCAGACUGUGGAGCUAAUAGAGACUUUCAUGAAUUACCAGGAGAAUAUCAAGCGUUGUGUGUGCAUCAUUUACGAUCCCUCCAAGUCCAACCAAGGUGUCUUAGCACUGAAGGCCCUAAAGCUUUCUGAUUCCUUCAUGGAUCUUUACCGCAACAAUAACCUUACUGGAGAGAAGUUGCGGGAGAAAAAUCUGUCAUGGGUGGAUAUUUUUGAGGAGAUUCCGAUUAAGGUCUCCAAUUCUGCUCUAAUUAGUGCCUUCAUGACUGAACUUGAGGCCGACACACCUGUCACCCAGUGUGAUUAUGACAGGCUGCAGUUAUCGACUAAUCCAUUUAUGGAGAGAAAUGUCGAAUUCUUGAUUGAAUGCAUGGAUGAUUUGUCAAUGGAACAGCAGAAGUUCCAGUAUUACUACAGAAAUUUAUCACGUCAGCAGGCACAGCAGCAAUCAUGGCUGCAGAAGAGAAGGUCUGAGAACAUGGCGCGAAAAGCUGCAGGAGAAGAUCCAUUGCCUGAGGAGGAUCCUUCAAAUCCAAUAUUUAAGCCGAUUCCAGAGCCACCUCGGCUGGAUAGUUUCCUCAUAACAAAUCAAAUUUCCAACUACUGCAACCAAAUUAAUGGUGUUGCUGGACAAAGUUUUAGCAAGCUUUAUUUGAUGAAAGCUUUGCAUGAGAAUUAGGCCAUCUUUGCAGUUUGGAGAUAAAUACAUUGCUUAAAGAGAAAGGGUUAAAUCUGUAGAUUGAAGUUUUGUUCUCCUCAUACUUUUUGCAGUUCACUGAUGAUUAUUUACCCAAUUUUGUAAAAGAAAUUUUAAAUGAUUAGUUAUUGUUACAUUUUAGUGCUGUAUUGAGGUGGACACCCUUUUGCGACUUGAGCUGCAGUCCAUCCCAUUUUCAUUUGCAUCUAUAAAAUUCAUCUCUAUUUGCUAAUGUAGCCCGGAAAUAAGUCUCUUGUAUAUUAAUUAUUUUUGGCUGUUA